AUGAUAGGACACAGUGGCCUCAACACUGCUAACUCUUCAAUGCCCCAAACAAGUGGUUUUAGACAUUGCACAGACGUGGAGUGUAUUUCACUGGCAACAGUCAAUAUGAUUAUCAUGGUUCUUGGUAUCAUUGGAAAUGGUUUAGUAAUCUGGAUCACAGGGUUUAAAAUUAAGAAAACAGUCAACACUGUCUGGUACCUCAGCCUCGCAAUGUCUGACUUCUUGUUCUGUGCCUUCCUGCCCCUAUCUAUUGUCUAUAUUGUUAAAAGUGACUGGAUCUUCGGGAGCUUCAUGUGCAAGUUUUUGCCUUUCUUCUUGUUUCUUAACUGGUUCAGCAGCAUCCUCCUCCUCAUUAUUAUCAGCAUUGAUCGUUAUGUUUUGGUGAAGUUUCCUGUAUGGGUGCAAAACAAACGCACCAUACGCAAGGCCUGGGUUUUGGUUCUACUAGCCUGGAUUAUCUCACCAUUGCUAAGUUUUCCGCUGGCAAUUUUCUAUGAUAUUAAAAAGAUCAACUCCAAUAGGUACUGCAUCUCAUACAACCAUGGGAAACGUACUGCUGUACAGACGUGCCUAUUCAUUUUUGGAUUUGUGAUUCCCUUUCUGAUCAUCAUCAUCUGUUACCUCCUCAUCAUUCGAAAGCUAAAAAAAGACCACAUUGCAAAGUCUAAUAAGUCAGUUAAGAUCAUGACUGCACUGAUAGCUGCUUUCUUUAUUUCUUGGAUGCCUUACCAUUUUAUUAACCUAUUAGAUCUAAAUCCAAAUUAUGCAGGAUUUACCCAUACUGGACGAAAAAUUGGAAUCACGCUUGCAGGUGCCAACAGCUUUAUGAACCCACUGCUUUAUGCUUUCAUGGGAAGGGUCUUUAGGAGGAAAAUGUCAUCCAGUCGAAGUUCUUAA